UUUUGUCAUGUCCAAAAACCUGUAACAAAAAUCACAAGAACCUACUCUGAAUCCUAUUAUUAAUAGCAUAUGAUCCCAUGUCCACUGUAAAGGUUGCAUUGCCUAUGUUUUUCUGUGGAGGCGUCUUAUCACGGCCCAUGUUGGGUGGUACUACUGUGGCAUGGUGGAAUCAGGGUGUGUAUGUGUAAAAUGUGUCUGAAAAUGCCGUCUGAAAGACUGGCUCCUCAUUGCAGAUAACUUUGUUCUUGGUUCCCUUAAGGAUGACAUCAUAAUGGGUGAUCAUACAGCAGCAGGAAGUGUUAUCUGUGACAUGUUCAGUCACAAUAACCUCAAAUGCGCUAACAAACACACAUUUCUUCAGGCACACACACACUCCAUCCUAUUUUAUCCCCAAAGACUGCAUUUUAUCUAUACAAGACACACACACACCCAUUCAUAUCCAGAAGCAGUCCCUGAAACCUCAGGGGGGUUAAGUUGUGUUUGCAGUUAAAAAGGACUGUCUCCAACUCAGGGGUAGCCAGAGGGUUGUGGAUAUGGUAGAAGCUUUUGUUUUGGUAAUCUGUGAAAACAAGUGGAAUAUAUUUUAUAACCGUCACUUGAGUAUCUGAAUCUGGAUCCUUUGGCUGAACCCACUGAAAGUAAGUCUGGUAUCAUUUUAUACGGUUGCGCUGAGAUUUAAGGAAAUGUUAAGUAAGUUGUCUACUUGUUUAAUAUUAAGCAUGUGUUUAUCAAAUUUAAAUCGUUCACAGGAGACCAUCAGAUAUGUAUUUUAUUCAUUGAUUUGUUAAAUAAGAUCACAUAUUUCUGCAUUAUUUUAUUAACUUUAUAUAUAACUGAUUAAUGAAAAUAAAUCAAACUUUUCCUAUAAGGUAUUUUUUUUAGGUGCACAUGCAUGUUUAGUAUUAUAAAUAUUCCAUUUACUGAAUAUACAAGAACAAAUGCAUCAUAUAUGAACUUUUUUCUUUGCCCUUCAGUUCUGUCUUUCUGAUUCAGACUGCGUUAAAUGAACAAUGUGCCGGGUUCUGAACAUCUUAUUGGCUCUUCUGAGUCGCUUCCUGUUUGCGGUGCAUGGGAUCCUGACAGUGUGGCGUGUAGUGGAGGUGACUGGAGAGCCCUCCUAUUGGCUGCUUCUGAUGGGUGUGACGCUGCUGGGUGUGGAGAUGGCAAUCACUAUCAAAUACACGCAGAAUGCUGAAUGGAAAUGGUUCUCACCUAUGGUGUUUCUAUAUCUGAGCACUGUGAUUCCCUCGGUCUGGUUCCUGGAACUGAACCUCCUACAGUCCAAUCUGCCUAUCAACUCGAGCACAAACUCUGACCCGCAAUUCUUCUCCCAGAUGCCUCUAACAAUGGGGUUGGCGGAACUUGAUCCUGAGAACUGGGUGGAGGCUCUGGAGCAGACCAUGUUGAUCGUUUUGGUUCUGGGCCGCUGGCUGAUGCCGAAGGGUGACAUGUCACGUGACCAGCUAUCUCAGCUCCUCAUGGUUUAUGUGGGGCUUGGAGCUGAUAUCCUGGACAUCUUUGACACGUUUAAGGAGCCGCAAGUGAAAACCAAGCAGGCUGUGAUCAUUGUUGGGCUAAGUUUGUUCUCCUGGGCCUUGAUGCAGUUUCCUCUUGUUCUUACCCAAACCAGCCAUCCCAGAGUCCGAGAGGAAGGUCAGUCAGAGGCUGUAAAGCCUGGGCGAGCUGGCUGGACCGUGUCCUGCUGCUCUAGCGAAGUCUGGAGCCUUCUGCUAACGGUGGGUCUGCAGGAUGGCCCAUUCCUGAUUUACCGUCUGUACCUCAUGAUACGUGAAAAUGUUCUGAACCAGCUGAUGAUCUUCUUCACAUGCAAGAACAUCCUCAUUGUUUUGCUGGAGGUCUACAGGAUCGGUGUUGUCCACUUGGAGCAAAGCAAUCCAGGGGGCAAAACUGAGUCAUGUGACCUGUCUCGUGGACACACGGAAUUGACUGAUGAAGAGGCUAUAGAAUCCAGCUGUCAAGAAUAG